AAACUAUGAUAUCGAAAUGUGGGGGCAGAAGGGUCAUGUGCAAGAAAUAAGAGGUCUUCUUUAUAAUCUGUGUUCUCUCCCUUGUGUUGGGUUCUCUUCUCUCUCUCUUUCCCACUGUCUCUUCUGUCUGCGAAAACCAGUGUGUUCUUUCACAAAACGUUCUUCCUGUGAAGAAGUGACAAGUUUCCCAGAUACCAGUGAGAAAGCAAAAACAAAAGGAAUCAUGGCUCACCAGGACGAAGGGUGGCCGUUGGGAUUGAGACCGCUGAAUGCGAGAGUUGGGUUGAUCAGAAACCGGGAUUUAUCCGGUGGGUCGGUCUCAUUCAGCACUUUGAUCACUGCCUCUCCGACUUCCUCCAUCGCCUCUUCUUCUUCUUCGUCCUCAGAUCUUGAAACAGAGCCAACUGAAUCUUUCUUCCAUGAAAAGGGCAUCACACUGGGGAGCCUCAUCGGCGUUUCCGGCAUCCUAGAUCUCUCCGGAAGAUCUACACGGAGAAGGGCAACAGAAACCUCCAAGAACAAAAAGAACCGUAAAACCAAACCUUGGUUGUUUUCCUUCUGCUCCAAGCUAACCAAUGACUCUGUGAACAUGAGCAAUGAUACUCCAUCACUAGGUCACUUCCUUGAGGCAGAAAGGAGAGCAAGUACCCACAACACCAACAGAAGAAAUCACGUCGCUCCAAUCGAAUAUGGCCCCGAAGACUUCUCACCGGCAGUGCCGGUUUCCGGCCCCAACGGGCUGUCUGUGGACGGUGCAGUUGCCGCUGCUCAGCCAAGUCCUUCAGAGAGUGGAGAUGGUGGAUCAAGAUCCAACAGAGAGUUGCUAGAAUAUGGCAAUGGACUUGGAACUCCAUUACUGCUUUCAUGUUUGCGUGGAAAACUCAUUAAAUGAUCACUUAAAUUAAAAUUUCAGAUUCCAUGUUGUUUAAAAGAGAGGACUUUCAUUAAUGGAGGGAUCUUUUAUUAUUAA